AUGAAGAUUGCUGCGAUCCUUUGUGCCUGUGGCCUUUUGCCCACAGCCGUGGUGGCUGAGUUCGAUGGAAAUCUGAACUAUGCCAGUCCGUCUCGUCGUCAUGAUCGACUCGGUAUGAACGUUCCUCUGAUCAAGCGCCGUUCCUUGAAACGCGGCAACACACCCUAUGAUGCAUCCCAACUCAACUUCGCCCAUGGCGUCGCCUCUGGAGAUCCUUGGCCCGAAAGCGUUAUCCUAUGGACUCGCAUUGCCCCUUCACUUGAUUCAAGUCUGAGCAACAACGCCGUAAACGGUACUGCUGGACUCUACAGCCACGAGACUGAGAAGUACAUCAAGGCCGAUCCUCACCCUAUCUGCGUGGAAUGGGUCGUCUCUGACUCCAACCUUUCUGUGGAUCAAGGACAGUCGGUGGCUAGCGGUCGGGCUUACACUACAUCUGAUAUCGAUUAUACUAUCAAGGUUGAGGCCGAUGGCUUAAAGCCUCUCACCACUUAUUAUUAUCAAUUCUCCGUUUGUAACUCGGACAACAAAAGCCCCGUCGGCCGUACAAAGACUGCCCCUACAGCGGACGACGACGUUUCCGAUCUAAGCUUUGCUGUUUUCUCUUGCAGUAACUAUCCCAAUGGUUACUUCAAUGCUUAUGGGAAUGCGGCUAGAAAGGACGAGCAUGACUAUGUUAUUCAUUUGGGAGACUAUAUCUACGAAUAUGGCAAUGGUGGCGAAAGAGCCACCAAUCCCAAGAAGGAUAUCUUUACGCUUCACGACUACCGAACUCGUCAUGGACAGUACCGAACCGACCCAGAUCUACAGCUUCUAUCCAAAGAUUUUGCUUGGAUUCCAACUUGGGAUGACCACGAGUUUGCAAACAAUGGUUACAGAGAUGGAUUCUCUGCCCUCAACAAUACUGAGGACUCUUUUCUUAAAUCCGGAAAGAAGGUCAGCGUCGAUACUCGAAAAGUUAACGCUGUACGAGCUUACUUUGAGUGGAUGCCUAUCCGCCAAACCGACUUGGACGAUGGUCUCCGUGUAUGGAGAUCUUUCAAAAUGGGCAGGCUCCUCGACCUCAUCAUUCUCGACACGCGAAACUAUGACCGCAGUAUCACUUCACUGGAAUGGAACGAUGAAUAUAUCACAAUGAUCAGUGACGAUCCCAGCCGAACACUCAUGGGAAGUCGUCAAGAGAACUGGUUUUACAGAUCUCUGAGCGAGUCGAAGGAGCGAGGUGCUACUUGGCGAAUCGUUGGCAACCAAAUCAUCUUUUCACGUAUCACUGAGAAUUAUGGUUCCGGUGAGAUUAUUUCUGGUGAUAAUUGGAACGGCUACGUCGCGAACCGAAACCGAACUCUUGAGCAUCUGUACAACAACGACAUUAACAACAAUGUGUUCCUCGCUGGUGAUAGCCACCAGAACUGGGUCUCGGACCUCGUGUGGCUGGGAACCAAGGAGUACGACAACAAGACUGGCGCCGGAAGCAUCGGAGUUGAGUUUGCUGGAACCGCUGUCAGUUCUAAUGGUAUCGGCGGUCCAAUCGAGCCUACGGCUGGUAAAUCCUCUCGAUCUAGAGUUGAAAAGAACCCCGAGCUGCAAUGGCAGGAAGGCUACUACCGUGGAUACUUCAUCCUCGACGUCAACUCCAAGAAUGUCACAUCUCGAUUCUACGGUUCCCCUUCUGUCGCUACUCGCAACUCGUGGGACAUUCCCUUGGCCAACUUUACUGUCGUCUCUGGUGAGAACCAUCUCAAGCGACCUGUUGCUGGCGGUCGUGCCGAGUCUGGUGCUCUUCGUUAUGGAGAAAUCACUCACACCAACGUUAGUCUCAACACCGAGACUGGAGAGUGGAACAACACUGGCUUUGCGAAGAUUCUGAAGGAAGCCGCUUUUGGGAAGAAUCUUUAG